UUGAGCGGUGUUUUACACUGAAUAGUUGAAUUCAUGUAGAAAUGCCCUGUGCAUGGAAACUGUUUUGUUUACGUCAUCGCACCACUGACCCCUUGACCUUUUGGAUGAAAGAGUUUGAGAAUCUUUAUUUAUCACAGGAAAUCUCUAAGAUAGGACUAUAACACUGUUUGGAUAUCGUAAAGGACCCUCUUACGAUCAGUUGCGUGUGUUAAACGCUUUGACAGCUAUUCAAUUGGGAAUUAUUUCCAUUUAAAAAAUCUUUCAGCACAAUCUUCAGUUUGAAUCACAAACCUUUAUUUAAAUCGGAGCUAAAUACAUUUAUUUUGGAUGUUAUUUAAGUCACGGUUAUGCGGAGUUACAGUGGUAUCAUGAGAUCUCUUCAUUGCUUACUGUGAACAGUUAAUACCAAACUAGCUUUAAUACCCCAAAGAUCCGUAUCCAGCUCAACAAGAAAGAGAGACAAUAACGUUAAUACAUUAUUAUCGACCAGUAAUACUUAAAGCGGAUUGCUGUUUGUUUGUGAUUUAAGCUGUAAGUUCCCGAGUUUCCGAUGUCUCUAACAGGGGGCCUUAAAUUGCCCCCGAUCGCCGACUCGGGAGGGGAUAACAAUGUAAGUGUGGAUGGUAGAAUGAUUACAAAAGGCGGGACGCAACAGCAGAUGAUUUACCGUAGUGUUCCCCCUAAAUCUUCAAACUUUACGUUCUCGGAUAUGCUGGGACCAAGUCCCACCGGACAGAAACAAAGUCGGACGACGGUCGUCUCGUCCAACACCCCAGCGGAAUAUGAAGAGAGGUUCAAAUCCAAGCCGCUGUCAAAACCCAAGGUGGUAGAGUUUGACGUGGGAAGACUGUCAACGGAAUCUAAGCGACGAAAAGUCAGUGGAUUCUUCCCUCCAGUCAAACUCCGACGCUCCGUCUCCACAAGAGUGACGUCAUCGGAGGUUUUGGAGGCGCCAAUGAUGGCUACCAGUAGGAUGCAAUUGAUUCCCACAACGUACACGGAAGUGCGAAGUAAAUCAGAGCGCGUGGACCGGACCAAAACUCCCAUGUCCUUUCGGAAGACCCCGGAGUCUAUCAAAACUGCGCAAACAGCACCAGAAGUGAGCAUUAUAUACCCAAAUAUUUUAUCAGACAGUGUUGACUACGAUGAUUUGAGCUUACUACCGCCCCCAAAACGAAUUUUACCUCGACGGGAGCUUCCAUGGGUAUUUAGAUACAAAGUGAAAAGAAAUAUGAACGAACUGGCUAAAAUCAUGGCCAGUAGAGCCUCACCGACACCCAUCCCGGAACAACUACCGACAUAAAAGGAACUCCCAUUAAGAACUGCAAUUCCUUCUUCGUUGUUGACUGUGAUAUUUUAUAGUAUUAAUAUGUAAAGUUAUUUAUUCGCUGUUAUUUAUGAGACCUUUUCAAAUCAUUGUAAAUUUACAAGGCCGUUUCUGUAUGGAGAAGAAAUGGGAUAAUUUAUUACUUGUAACAUUCACAUGUUAUACAUGUC